AUGUGUAAAAUGUGGGAAAGAAUACAAUUCGGAGCAAAAUGGCGUCUUGGAGAAAGAACAGCGUUGGCUAUGAGAGGGAUCGAUUUGAAUAAUGUGAAGUCAAUUCAGUUCUCAUUUGAUCCGUUUGAUCGUAGUUCCCAUUCUCUGAGGGUCUUUUGGUUUCUUCUAAGCUCGCCAUAUGUUCAACGAACUAAUCCGGCAAUGAAAAUAAUGUACACUAUAAGGAAUGAUCGGCGACAGCCGUACUUUAGUGCAGAUUUGAAUGACGGGAAGAAACUUUUGUUUCGAUCUAAAGAUAUGCACGUGAUGGAUUUGGUGAUGACAUUCAAUAGAUUACUUGGGAAUCCGGAGCUUGGUAAAAGUGGUAUUCGACCACUACCAAAGAUUGAUUAG